UCUGUUUCCGGCUUCGACAAAACACAGCCCCUUGCUUGCCCGCAGCCCCUGCCUGUGCCUCUAUCUCGCUCGAACUCGACAAGAUGGACGCGGUAAACGCAAAGAGACAGCUCACCAUCAAGACCGGCGUGGUCAAGCGGCUGACAAAGGAAGAGAAAACAUAUGUCAAGGAGGCCGACGAGCAAAGACAACGCAUCGAUAAGUACAUCGAUGAUGGCAAGGAUGAGUGGCACAUAAACAAGCAGAAAGAGGUUCUGCAAGAUUGCCUUCGGAUGAUCCCAGACUCCCAACAGCGAUUAGCGGCGGCCGUGGAAGACCUUGUGUCCUUGCUUCAAAGCCUGGCGGAUGACGCAGACAUUUCAAGUUCAGAAGCUGCGACUGCUGCGCGCGAGGCGAUUGACGCUGCUGCUCGAGCAAAAGAGACAUCAUGAUACACUUUUCAUUUGUGAACAAAAUGAAUGAUACCCAUAGCACGGCUCGUAUGCAAGCAGUGUUGAGCGGCGGGUCGUCAACACUGCGAGCCAGGUGUACCAGCA